AUGGCUGCUCAAGGCUGGUCCAUGCUCCUGUUGGCUGUCCUUAACCUAGGCCUCUUCGUCCAUCCCUGUGACACUCAAGAGCUACGAUGUCAGUGUAUUCAGAAACACUCUAAAUUCGUUCCUCUCGAAUUCAUUGAAAAGAUACUGGUGAUAUUCAAGAACGCUUACUGCAACAGAGAGGAAGUGAUAGCACUCCUGAAAAGUGGGGAUUUGAUUUGUUUGGAUCCUGAUGCUUCAUGGGUGAAGGCUAUUAUUGACAGAAUUACUAACAGGUUCCUACCUGAGGACCUCACACAAAAGGAAUAUCCACAGCCAAUGGAGUUUCUGUACAGUGUUAAGCAGAAAAAGCCUGUAUAUGUUUCUUUUGGGAGAAUUGAGGACAAGAAUCAACUCCUCUUUCCAAAUCGGGAGACCUCUGUCCACUUUUCUUAUGACAAUAGUGAUGGGAAUUGA